AUGCAGGCCAUCAUUCUGUCGCUCUUCUUCUUCGUUGCAUAUGUUAUUUACCGCACAUAUUUCGAUCCGUUGGCCAACGUCCCGGGACCCCGGUUUGCGAAGUUAUGCCCGUCGUGGAUCAUUAGUAUCCUGUGGACCAACAAGGUCAACUAUAGUAUAGACGAGCAACAUCGCAAGCAUGGUAUGAUUUUAGAUAUCCCUCAGUGUGCUUUCCUCCCCCUCCCUUUCAGAGCAGCCAUAUUGACGGGAACAGGCGACGUCGUGCGUCUCGGGCCAACCGAACUCUCCUUCUCCACCAUCAGCGCCCACGAUACGAUCUACAACACUGAUGCCGCUACUUUCACAACGCCCGGAUCCAUCCAAUGCUGUGGACGGAACCUCAUCCACCCCGGCCUCACAUUCGUCGUCCAGCGCAGUGUUGCCGAACAGAAAGAGCUGCGGAAGAUCUUCGCGCCCGCAUUCCGUCUCGCACUCACGGGGGGCAUUGAAACCAACAUCACGAACCGGUUCAAUGAGCUCCUGGCCGCUCUGGACAUCAGGCCGGGAAUGUCAAAGUGCAUGAACCUUACCCAUUGCCUGGAGCAAUUGGAGUGGAAUCUCAUUGGCGAUUUGGGAUUGGGACAGCCCGUCCCGGACAGCCUCAGAGGCGGCUGGACCGGAUACAAGAAUCACCAGCAUAUGAUUGGGGCGGCAUACGAGCUGGGCUCGUUCCUCCUGACCCGGCGCGGUUUCCCAAAGAUCCUUGACAUCGUUGGCAAGAUAUGGCCGCAGAUUCUGCUGGAAGAGGGGUUUCUCUCCAACCUCGCUAUCAAACAGCGAACAGAGGGAAAGAACACGUUCGUUUCACAGGCUUUGCCGUACAAGAGCGAGAAGUUCCCUCUGAUGGGCACAGAGAUGCCUGGCAACGUCAUUGGCAUUAUGGUCGCAUCAUACGAAACGUCAGAAUCGACUCUACGCGCAACUCUUUGCGCACUACUGAGCAACCCUGCUUAUUACAAAGCUUUGCAACACGAGAUUCGGUCGACCUUCUCGACCCUCGAAUCGAUCACCGACAGCCAGCUCGUGGGACUUCGGUUCCUGAACGGCUGUGUCAAUGAGGGUCUGCGACUCUGGCCUGGCUUGAAUGGGAAAUUCACCAGUCGGUUAUCCACCGGCGGUGUGAUAGACGGUGUUUAUGUGCCUGCCGGCUAUAUCGUCUCGGCGGAUCUAUAUAGUAUCCAGCGCAACCCGAAAUACUGGCAUGAGCCCGACUCCUUCAAGCCCGAGCGCUGGUUCGACGGCCAGAACAAGGAUGAACUGCGCGCCUUCCGGCCGUUUUCAGUGGGCCCGCGCUCAUGCCCGGGACGCCAAAUGGCGCUGCAGAAGGUCCGCCUCACCCUGUCCAAGUUCGCCUUCUCGUUUGAUAUGGAGUUUGUCAAUCCUGAUUUCGACUGGCAACGCGAUGUGCCGUCUGGCUUUUUGUGGGGCUCGGCGGAUGUCAUGGUCCGCAUUUCGCGUUCGGAUCCUCCUCAGGCGAUCGAUGAGCGUGUUGCAGCUGCGUGA